UUUUGUCCACCAUCAGCCCCGCCCUGCAGACGCGCUGAUAUCACGCAGUUGCGUAAUUUGACAAGCCAGCGCAAAAUAGGGAGAAUGAACGUUUGACAGCUGGCUCUUUGCUCGUACAGAUUGUUUCGUAACAAAACAAUACUUAUGCUUAAUUCAUUCGUGAACGAUUUCGGAUAGUCGGGACCGUACCUCUGCUUUUAUGGCCGCUGCCGUGAGGAAUAAUGUUUGGGUUGCUCCGGGGCAGGACGCGCUGUUUCUCCAUAAACACACCGCGCCACUGACAGACGGUCUGAGAGGUGAAGAUCAUGGACAAGUGCUCUGUAACACGAGGGAUGCGAUCCCGGGAACUUCCUCUUUCCAUGAUUAUAAUUUGGGUAAAUCCGAGAUGGACAACUACCUAUCCCACCACCAACAGGACAUUGGGAAUUCCAAAAUGUUUUGCAGGGACAGCGCUCUGAUGCUAGAGCCGCCAUACAGCGAGGACUUCACCUCGCCGUACAGCGUCAACAUGAGCCUGCUGGUUCCCGACGUCACAUACCUGCACCCUGGUCUCUGCAGGACUAUGAGACCCAUCAAAACAGAGCCGUCUCACUCUCUGCACUCUCUGCUGCACCCCAGCUGUCAGGGCAACGGGGCGCCAACAACCCUCCAAGAAUACCAAGGUGUUUUUAGUGCAGCCGACUCAACUGGCAGUACAUUUUUCAUCAAACAGGAACUGCCAGAUUUCCAAGACGUCCCACUGUUUCAGCUUUUGAACUCUGACAUGGAGCAGCUCGUCCAUGGGUCACAGCUGAACUCAGUCACCCCAUUAAGUCUUCCUAACGUCAAUGUAGGCACAGUGCAGAAUUUUGCUAAACACACAAGCAGUCCUCACAAUGAAUGUUUUCCAUUCAAUCGACACUCAGGCCAUCAGCAGAGACCAACCUAUUUGCCGCCCUCUCCGCCAAACUCUGAUCCCCCGAGUCCAGACAGGGGGAAGGGGCUCCUACUCAAUCUGUCCCCACCUCCCUCCUAUGAAGCCAGCAUCGCCUCAAAGCUACAAUUUCACACCCAUAUUCCCAUUAAUCCAGGACAGACUUCCCGUGUAUCAAACCAGAGUCAAGAACAGAAUUCCAAUGCUGGAUUAGUCCAAAGCCCGGGUCCUGCGCCAGUCCAGCGCUCCAGCCUGACACCGGUCCAGACGGCGGCAGGUGUUGGCCCUCUGUCCCCAGUGUUGGCCCAAUCAGCUUCAGUUAGGUACAACAGGAGGAAUAAUCCUGAUCUGGAGAGACGGCGGAUUCACCACUGUGAUGUUCCAGGGUGCAGGAAAGUAUACACCAAGUCUUCACAUCUAAAAGCCCAUCUGAGGACCCACACAGGAGAGAAACCGUACCAGUGCUCCUGGGAGGGAUGUGAAUGGCGCUUCGCCCGUUCGGAUGAGCUGACUCGCCAUUUCAGGAAACACACGGGGGUGAAGCCUUUCCAGUGUGGCGUGUGUAGCCGCUGUUUCUCCCGCUCGGAUCACCUGGCCCUACACAUGAAGAGACACCAGAGCUAGAAACUCCUUCAUCAAGUUUUAAUAUUUAGUAAACACGGACUAAUUACCCAGCACUUACAUAUCAGCAAACACAUAACUGUGGGUUAUCUCACACACUCCCCAGUGGGAGUGUAAGACAGUCUUAGCAGUGCUGGCCCACACAUAAUUGUUUCUUUUAUUGUGAAAAGAUUACAUAUUAACAUUGCAUUAUUUGUACCCACAAUUGGGGGAAUUUUACAAAGGUCAUUCAGAAAUAAAUAGCCAAAUGUAAUAAUUAAAACAUAUUGAGCUUUUAUUUCAUUAGAUUAUGUUGCACUGCAAGUGCAUGAACAACUUCAAAUAUCGUUGCUUUAUUAUCAAGUUUUUCAUUGUAUAGAUAAUAUCAACAUGUGUCAUUUAUUUAAAUAACUGCCAAACUGUAAGUGCAGACGACUUGUGUUGAAAGGAAAAAGGUCAAAGAAUAUGAUGUUUGAACCAGCAGGUCAAGAUGAUAAUGUGUGUGUUAAGACAGUAACAGAAUGUAGGUAAAGUUGUUCUUAAGCAGGUUUUAGAUCAAGGAAAAGACACAGCUGGAGAACUAAAUGUUGGACAGAGAGCUGUUUGCAGGCCGUGUGGUAGAAGUGAGUGCAGUGCUUAACUAACUUCAGCACUGCCAGAUUUAUGGGUUACCUUACCGUUGAGGAUAACUCAAAACAAAAUCUACUCAUAACACUGAAAAGGAAGGAUGAAUAAUGUCUAUGGGGUAUAAAUCUAAUUCAUUUGGACAGCAUUAUGAAUGUUUCUAUAUCUAUGCCCCCUUUAUAUCGCCAUUGCAGGAAGUGUUAAAUGUCUUUGAGGAAGUCGGAGAGAUAAAUCAAAAUGGUGCAUUUUUUUAUUUGAAUACUUCUAUAGUAGCAUGAUUUUUAUUUAAUUUUUUAAAAGGUUUAACUUAUUUUGAUAGGCUUGUUCUCCCUUGUUAUCUUUGCAUAUAUAUAAUGUCUAAUUUGACACUAAAUAUACAACUGCUUUGAGUACAUAACAUUUCAGCAGCAUUAUUUUCUUUCUCCUGCAGUGUAAUGGACAAAUUAAGACGCAUUGCUGGGCCUGAAUGUAAGGUAUCUUAUUUCAGGAUUAUAAAAUUACUGAUGAUUUAUCCUCGUAAAUUGUUUCAUAAUUAUCUGACUGAGCACCUGCCAGUCUGAACAUCUGUGUGAAAAGCGUGUGGUUCUUUUGACUGCUAUCCAUGUUUUCAAACACCUUUUGAAAGUGCCUUUAACUACUUUUUUUUGGUCCUGUGUGUUGGCUGUCCCUCUUAUUUCCAAUCUAGGGCAAUCUCUAUUCAUGACCAAAUGUAUUUUAAAUUUGAUUCAGGUUGAACAAAACAUUGUUAUAAUGUAUAUAUUUUGUAUUGGCUAUUUGAGGAUAUCAUUUAAUAAUUGUUUUUGGGUGUGUAAAGAUUUUUAAAUGUUUUUUUAAUUGCAGAGAACUCUUUAUUUUUAUUUUUUCGGGCAAAGAUAACAUUUAUUACAAUGUAUUCUGUCAUCACUUUCUACAGCCAAGUUAGAAGCUCAGUGGAUGCCAGUGUAUUAAUGCAAUACUUUUUAAAAUAAAUAUGUAAACACAAAUAUUUUGACAUUAAAGACGUAACAAUAUGUUCAUAAUUGUAGCCUAACUUGAUCAAAUGUGUUAUGAAGCCAUGUCACUCUCAAAGUACAAAUAAAAGAUUUGUGUUGAAUAU